CGAACCCGAACCCGAACCCAAACCCCAUUACAACAAUUGUGAAAGUGUUAAAUGUGCCGCAAUCGAAUUAAAUUGCUUGCUGAUUACAACAAAUGAUGAAGAGCAAUCAACUGAAAUGCUCGGUGGAAGAAAAGCAAAUCGAAAGAUCGACAAUCAGCCGACAUUUGCUGUGUGUGUUUUUGUGUGUGAUUAAUUCCUGAGACCAGAUCGUGUGAGCAAAGAAAACGGAAAUAGAUACCUUUCAAUUAAAUACAAUACACUAAUAUAUCAAAACACAAUGCCGUUAAAAUUGUGUUUAAUCAAAGGCGAAAAGUAAAAGUGCAAACAAUAUAAAUAUGCGAAAACGAGUGCCCCAUUCCGGGGAAUCAGCGGUCACAGUGUGCUCCAUUGAUAACGCACACAGCCAAAACACAGGGACACAAGCACAGGCUACGAUGUGGAAUUGAAACAUGCCAAGUGAAAGAGACAAAGAAUGAAAACAGCCAACUAGUUUAUAAUGCACGACGAUAAUACGAUUAAUAAUAAUGGGCACACGGAGAGAAAUCUAUAGGAAUUUAAAAACAACAGCAACAAAACAUCGCCUAUCAAGUGGAAGUGUUAAGUGUGAACAAAACAAACGAGAAGUACAUGCUGAAGCCCAUAUAAAUAAUAAAUAAUUGUGUGAUAACAACAUUGACAAAACAAAAAUAAGACGAAGGCAGAGUAGAGAAAAUGAUUCAGCGUCCAGAAUACGACCAGUGCCGACCAGAACAAGUGUAGUGAAAGCUUAGACAAAGGCACAAAAAUCUGCAUACAUGGGCUAAUUAAGGCUGCCAAAGCUAAUUUACAUUUGUGGUGCCAAUCCAAAGUGAAUCCAAAACAAACUCCAUCUAGAUCCCGACCAGCAUCACGCUCUCAAACGCCCCCAGAAUGUACAAAAUGUUUAGGAAACAUUUUCGGCGAAAACCAACAUCAUUUUCGGCGGAAUCAACAAUAGAAGCAACAAACACAGCAGACAGCCUGAGAAUGUCCAAAACGACGGCGACAAAAAGGCAGCGUCCGAGGCACCGGGAACUCAAAAUCGCGGCCCUGCCAUCGCCGAUCCGCGAUUGUCGAUCAUUAAAGUCUGCCUGCAACUUAAUUGCUUUAAUUUUAAUACUGUUAGUCCAUAAGAUAUCCGCAGCUGGUAACUUCGAGCUGGAAAUAUUAGAAAUCUCAAAUACCAACAGCCAUCUACUCAACGGCUAUUGCUGCGGCAUGCCAGCGGAACUAAGGGCCACCAAGACGAUAGGCUGCUCGCCAUGCACGACGGCAUUCCGUCUGUGUUUGAAGGAGUACCAGACCACGGAGCAGGGUGCCAGCAUAUCCACGGGCUGUUCGUUUGGCAACGCCACCACCAAGAUACUGGGUGGAUCCAGCUUUGUGCUCAGCGAUCCGGGUGUGGGAGCCAUUGUGUUGCCCUUUACGUUUCGAUGGACGAAGUCGUUUACGCUGAUACUGCAGGCGUUGGAUAUGUACAACACAUCCUAUCCAGAUGCGGAGAGGUUAAUUGAGGAAACAUCAUACUCGGGCGUGAUACUGCCGUCGCCGGAGUGGAAGACGCUGGACCACAUCGGGCGCAACGCGCGGAUCACCUACCGUGUCCGGGUGCAAUGCGCCGUUACCUACUACAACACGACCUGCACGACCUUCUGCCGUCCGCGCGACGAUCAGUUCGGCCACUACGCCUGCGGCUCCGAGGGUCAGAAGCUCUGCCUCAAUGGCUGGCAGGGCGUCAACUGCGAGGAGGCCAUCUGCAAGACCGGCUGCGACCCCGGCCACGGCAAGUGCGAUCGUCCGGGGGAAUGCGAAUGCAGACCUGGCUGGCGGGGUCCGUUGUGCAACGAGUGCAUGGUGUAUCCAGGUUGCAGGCACGGUUCCUGCAACGGCAGCGCCUGGAAGUGCGUCUGCGACACCAACUGGGGUGGCAUAUUGUGCGACCAAGAUCUAAAUUCCUGCGGCACCCAUGAACCCUGCAAGCACGGCGGCACCUGUGAGAACACCGCUCCGGACAAGUACCGCUGCACAUGCGCCGAAGGCCUCUCGGGCGACCAAUGCCAGAUCGUGGAGCACCCAUGUGCCACGAGACCCUGCCGCAACGGCGGCACAUGCACGCUCCAGCCGACGAACCUAACCCAAUCGCCAGUGUACCGCAGAAUGCGAGGCAGGAGCUCCUCCAUUGGCAGGCCGCUGAGCCGGCGCAACUCAAUGCGCAGCCUGGAGGGGCAGUCGAACGGGCAGAACGGCAGCAGCUCCUCGGGAUCGGGACUGGGAAUGGGAUCCCUGCAGCUGCAGCAGCAACUUACCCCCAACUUCACUUGCGGCUGUGCAGCCGGAUGGACGGGACCGACAUGCGAAAUAAAUAUCGAUGAGUGCGCCGGGGGUCCCUGCGAGCAUGGUGGCACUUGCGUCGAUCUAAUCGGCGGCUUUCGCUGCGAGUGUCCGCCGGAGUGGCAAGGUGAAGUCUGCCAGGUGGACGUGAAUGAGUGUGAGGCACCGCAUUCCGCCGGAGUUGCGGCCAACGCACUGCUGACCACCACGGCCAGUGCCAUCAUCGGCAGCAAUCUGAGCAGCUCUGCCCUGCUAGCUGCCCUGACCAGUGCGGUGGCGUCCACCUCCUUGGCCACAGGACCCUGCCUCAAUGCCCGGGAAUGCCGCAACCAGCCGGGCUCCUUUGCCUGCAUUUGCAUGGAGGGCUGGGGCGGAGUGACUUGUGCCGAGAAUUUGGACGACUGUGUGGGUCAGUGCCGGAAUGGGGCCAGCUGCAUCGACCUGGUCAACGACUACAGGUGCGCCUGUGCCGCGGGAUACACGGGUCGGGAUUGCGAGACGGACAUCGACGAGUGUGCCACAUCACCCUGCAGGAAUGGAGGCGAGUGUGUGGACAUGGUGGGCAAGUUCAACUGCAUCUGCCCGUUGGGAUAUUCGGGUUCUCUGUGCGAGGACUCCAAGGAGAACUGCACUCCAUCGCCCUGUCUUGAGGGCCACUGCCUGAAUACGCCCGAAGGAUACUACUGCCGCUGUCCUCCAGAUCGCGCCGGAAAACACUGCGAGCAACUGCGACCACUCUGCUCCCAGCCGCCCUGCAACGAGGGCUGCUUUGCCAAUGUCAGCCUUGCGACAGCGGCGACAACGACGACGACAACAACCACUUCUGCCACAACCGCGAGGAAGAUGACCAAGCCGAGCGGAUUGCCCUGCAGCGGACACGGCAGCUGCGAGAUGAGCGACGUGGGCACCUUCUGCAAAUGCCAUGUGGGCCACACCGGCACCUUCUGUGAGCACAAUCUCAACGAAUGCUCACCGAAUCCUUGUCGAAAUGGGGGAAUUUGCCUUGACGGCGACGGCGACUUUACAUGCGAGUGCAUGUCGGGCUGGACAGGUAAACGCUGUUCAGAGCGGGCCACAGGUUGCUAUGCCGGUCAGUGCCAGAAUGGUGGGACCUGCAUGCCCGGAGCCGCCGACAAGGCUUUGCAGCCGCAUUGCCGCUGUGCGCCCGGUUGGACGGGUCUUUUCUGCGCCGAGGCCAUUGACCAGUGCCGCGGACAGCCGUGCCACAAUGGCGGCACUUGCGAGUCGGGAGCGGGCUGGUUCCGCUGCGUCUGCGCCCAGGGAUUCUCCGGACCGGACUGCCGAAUCAACGUUAACGAGUGCUCGCCACAACCUUGCCAAGGCGGAGCCACCUGCAUCGAUGGAAUCGGCGGAUAUAGCUGCAUCUGUCCGCCGGGACGUCAUGGAGUUCGAUGUGAAAUUUUGCUCUCUGAUCCCAAGUCCGCCUGCCUGAACGUGAGCAACACCAUCACCCCCUAUACCGCUCUGAACCGAAGCCAAAACUGGCUGGACAUCGCGUUGACGGGAAGAAGUGAUGACGAUGAGAACUGCAAUGCCUGUGUCUGCGAGAAUGGCACCUCCCGGUGCACGAAUCUCUGGUGUGGAUUGCCCAACUGUUAUAAGGUGGAUCCCCUCUCGAAGUCCUCUAAUUUGUCUGGAGUUUGCAAACAGCACGAGGUGUGUGUACCGGCACUGAGCGAAACCUGUCUCUCCGCACCCUGCGAUGUCCGCGGAGACUGUCGAGCCCUGGAACCUUCGCGACGGGUUGCCCCUCCGAGUCUUCCAGCCAAAUCCAGCUGCUGGCCAAAUCAAGCCGUGGUCAACGAGAACUGCGCUCGGCUGACCAUCCUCAUGGCCCUCGAGAGGGUGGGCAAGGGGGCGUCGGUGGAGGGUCUGUGCUCGCUGGUAAGGAUCCUCCUGGCAGCCCAGCUGGUCAAACAGCCUUCGAGUGCUUCUGGCCAGGAACAGGGCAUGCUCAUGGUGCUUUGCGAUCUAAAGACGGGCACCAACGACACCGUCGAACUGACUGCGUCCUCGACCCGGUUGAAUGAUCCCCAGUUGCCGGUGGCGGUGGGCCUGCUGGGUGAACUACUGAGCUCGCGGCAAUUGAAUGGCAUCCAGCGUCGCAAGGAACUGGAGCUGCAGCACGCCAAGCUGGCUGCCCUGACCUCCAUUGUGGAGGUCAAGUUGGAAACAGCUCUAGUGGCCGAUGGAUCGGGUCACAGUCUGCUGAUUGGAGUGCUCUGCGGCGUCUUUAUAGUCCUGGUGGGUUUCUCGGUGUUUAUCAGUCUGUAUUGGAAGCAGCGGCUGGCCUACCGCAGCAAUUCGGGAAUGAACCUGACUCCCUCGCUGGAUGCACUGCGUCACGAGGAGGAGAAGUCGAAUAACCUGCAGAACGAAGAGAACCUACGGAGGUAUACGAACCCGCUGAAGGGCAGCACCAGCUCACUGCGGGCGGCCACCGGGAUGGAACUCAGCCUGAAUCCCGCUCCCGAAUUAGCUGCCUCGGCGGCGAGUAGUUCCGCUUUGCACCGAUCGCAGCCCUUGUUUCCGCCCUGCGAUUUCGAGCGGGAACUCGACUCCAGUACGGGCUUGAAGCAGGCCCACAAGCGCAGCUCGCAGAUCCUGCUGCACAAGACCCAGAACUCGGACAUGCGAAAGAACACGGUGGGCUCGCUGGACAGUCCGCGGAAGGACUUUGGCAAGCGGUCGAUCAACUGCAAGUCCCUGCCACCCACUUCGGGCGACGAGGCCUCCGAUGUCCUUGCCACCACUGUGAUGGUUUAGCCGUGAUCUCAGCCACCAAUCAACCAAUCAAGAAACCAACCAGCCGCCCACAGCCAGCUCAAAGUUCCAAUUGCCACAGCACGGGCGCGAUUUCCAAGUGCAUUAGUAGCGUAAUUUAAACUAGGAAUCGAUUUAGCCUUACGGGUUAGCCCACAACGAAGUGGCUCUGCAGGAAGCCCACAUUUAAUCGAACUUUUCUAAUUUAAGCUUUCAUAUCUCCAGUCCAUUAAGGUAAGAUUAUGUACACAAAUAAUUUAAAGACAUUUGCAAGUUAUCAAGCUUUUCAUGGCCACAGCUUGAGCCAAUUUAUUUGUGUGCCUGAUCUUAUCCUAAGUCAAAACCAGUUUCAAUGGCAUUAGAGUUUAGAAAUACACUUAAUUGCAUAACUUCCAGUUUUCUAUAAGUAUAACUUUUUGUGUGGUUCGAGUUAAAGGAAUCCGACUAUUUCAAUGAGGAAUUUCUGCCGGUGUUUCCCGCAGAGCUAGAUCGUUGUGGACACCCACCCACAUAAGUAAGUUAGCUAGUUUAAUUCCGAACUCUUCUCUUCGCUAAGCAACAUCCUACACAGUGUGAUAUUUAGUGUAACCCAGGCGCGCAUUUACAUUUAUUUAAAAGUAAAAAUAUAUUAAAAAAACCAACUCCUUGGCUAGAACAAGCUGUAUAUAGUUCUCAUCUAGGAUCGGCGCGCUCUAUAUGGUGUAUAAGCAUAAGCUGUAAAUACUGUAAAUUAGCAGUUACCGUUAUUGUAUUUUGUCUAUAGAUAGCAUCCUAGAACUUAGCUAAGCCCCAGCCGCAACGCGUUAGACUUUAAAAGUUGUUUGCAAUUGUACGCAAUAAUUUAGACUUAUGAUCGUAGUUAGGUAGCUGUGUAACCGGAUAAGAUUCAAGCGAUUUUGUAUUGUAUUAUACCUAUGUGUGUAGUAAUAUUUAUUUAUUAUAUUAACUUUGAUCUAGCAGCAAUAAAGCAAUAUCAAUAAAGAUAGUAAAGAAAAUAAUAA